AUGAACCACACGCCCAGCCCUCAUGUUGCCGAGGCCACCAAGUCAGGGUCAGGCCUGCUGUGUGGCCUGGGACUGGGGCCGGACCGGGUGAGGUCCCCGGACAGCCUGACACACACACCCAGCCCCACAGGGGGCACGCCAAGCUCCAGCCCCCCGUUGCUGCUCUCUCCUGGUCUGGGGUGCGAGAGCGCCGGAGGCGACUGGGAAAGCCGCGAGGAGCUGCGGCUGCGGGAGCUGGAGGAGGCGCGCGCUCGCGCGGCUCAGAUGGAGAAGACCAUGCGCUGGUGGUCCGACUGCACCGCCAACUGGCGCGAGAAGUGGAGUAAAGUACGCGCUGAGCGCAACAGAGCGAGGGACGAGGUUCGGCAACUGCGGCAGCGCCUGGACGCGCUCACCAAGGAGCUGACGGGAGUACGACGCGAACGUCAGGAGCUGGCCUCAGAGAACGAACAGCUCCGAAUGGAGGCCCAGCGUCUCCGAGCGGACCAGACCUCCCCGGCCAACGCGCUAACCUCAGCCCCACCCUCCUCUUCGUCAACAGCGUCCUCCUCGCCCUCUCAACCCACGGCAUCAGACGGCAAGCAACAGAGCCAGGAGGAGGAGAGGGCGAGGGAGGGACCAGGGUCUCCAGAACAAGAGCCUGUGAGAGAUGUGAGCACAGAGAGACCAGAGAGACAAAAGGAGCUUGAGCUCUUUGAUGCUCUUCUAAAGGCCAAAGCCGAGGGUCCAGACUCCUGGGACUCUCGCAGUGCCAGCAGCCUGCGUUCAGCCCUCAGUCGCCAGGACCGCAGUCGGCUGCUAUGGGAUGAUCUGGCCUCUCUGGAGGAGGACUCCAGUAAGGUCAACGCCCUUCAGCUCCGCUUGGACGAAUCCCAGAAAGUCUUGCUGAAGGAGCGCGAGGACAAACAUGCACUUAGUAAGAACAUUGAGAAGCUGGAGGCGGAAUUAAGCCAGUGGAAACUUAAAUAUGAGGAGUUGAACAAAAGUAAACAAGAGGCCCUGAAACAGCUGAACCUCCUGAAGGAGAUGCAUCAGGAUGAGCUGGGUCGCAUGUCAGAGGACCUGGAGGAUGAACUGGGAGCCCGCACCACCAUGGACAAGAAACUGGCAGAGCUACGGGCAGAGAUGGAGCGCCUGCAGGUGGAGAACGCUGCGGAGUGGGGUCGUCGGGAGAGGCUGGAGACGGAGAAGCUGGCUCUGGAGAGAGACAAUAAGAAACUGCGCGCACAGAUGGAGGACCUGGAGGAGCAGCUGGCCCGUAAGCGUAGGCAGGCAGCCAGCGCCCUGGACACAGAUCUCAAGACCAUCCAGAGUGAACUGUUUGAAAGAAACAAGGAGCUGGCAGACCUGCGCCAUGUCCACUCCAAAGUAAAGAAGCAGUACCAAGAGAAGAUGGCAGAGUUGGCCCAUGCCAACAGACGGGUGGAGCAGCAUGAGACUGAGGUGAAGAAGCUGCGACUGAGGGUAGAGGAACUGAAGAAGGAGCUAGGCCAGGCAGAGGAUGAGCUGGAUGAAGCCCACAACCAGAGCCGAAAGCUCCAGAGAUCUCUGGAUGAGCAGGUGGAGCAAACGGAGAACCUCCAGGUUCAGCUUGAGCACCUCCAGUCAAGACUGAGGCGUCAGCAGAAUCCUGGCCUGUUUGGCAAGAUGAGAUCUUCAGCCUCGUCCCGCUUCAGCCCGGAAAAUCCAGAUGGCGCCCACAGUGACCCGGACGACGAGGAGGAGGAGCUGCAGAUUCAGAUUCCCUGA